UCUCUCUCUCAAUAAUAUAUAUUGUAUAUAUUUUUUUUUUAAAAAAGAAAAAAGAAAAGAAAAAGGCCGAGAGGAACUGAGGAAGAGUCGCCAAACCCCACAUCACAUCCCCAAAGAAAAGAAUAGCAAGACGAAGGAAAGAAAGUAAAAAAACUCGAUUUUCCCGAGAAACAAACAAACGAAAAACAAUCCAACACACACAAUUCAGACUCUUCAGAAUUCUCUCUUCUCCAAUUCUCCAUAUGUGAUGCAUCAGAAGAAAUCAGAAGCUCAGAUCGGAAAAGAAAGCACCGGCGUCUCUUCCGAAUUCAACCCUAAUCCCCACAACAACAUCAACAUCAGCAAUCCCUUUUCCUCUGCGAUUCCAAUCCAAACCCUCAACAGCCACAACUUUCACCCCUUCUCUUCAUCGCCGCCGUCGCCAUCGCCGCAGCCGCCGCCGCAGCAAUCUCAAGAACACUCUCUCGUGAUCCCCCCGACGACGCCAUACAAGCGUCCUCUUCCGAACCCUAACAAUUCCUCUCCCCUCUCCAAAUCCCCCACUCUCUACAAGCUCCGAAACGACGCCGUCCGCCGCGCCGCCGGGCCCACCUCCCUCUCCGCCAAGGCCGUCGUUUUCCGCCUCGUGCGGCGCGUCAACCGCCUCCGGCGCCUCGUAAUCCUGGUCUCUCUUCCUUUCUUCUACUUCCUCGUCUCUCAUCCCAGCCACUCGUUCCUCCUCGAUUUUCUCUCCGCCUUCGCCUUCUCGGCCGCGCUUUUGCUCUCCCUCAACCUCGCCCUCCCUCGGCUCCCUUCGAUACGGCUCUUCCUCUCCCGGUCUCUGCCGCUGAAGCUGAUCUCUCCUUCCUCAAUCUCCAGGCCUCCCUUGCCGGUCUUCUGGUCGAUUGGGUCUCGCGCGGCCAGGGCGGAGAAGCGGCCCAACAGCAGCAGUGGGUGCUGGGUUCAGGUGUACCGAAACGGCGACGUUUACGAGGGAGAGUUCCACAAGGGGAAGUGCUCCGGGAGUGGAGUGUAUUACUAUUACAUGAGUGGGAGAUACGAAGGGGACUGGGUCGACGGGAAGUACGACGGUUACGGGGUCGAGACAUGGGCGAGGGGAAGCCGAUAUCGCGGGCAGUACAGACAGGGACUGAGGCAUGGAUUUGGGGUGUACAGGUUCUACACGGGCGAUGUUUAUGCUGGGGAGUGGUCUAAUGGGCAGAGCCACGGCUGCGGAGUUCACACGUGCGACGACGGGAGCCGUUAUGUUGGGGAGUUCAAGUGGGGCGUCAAACACGGCCUUGGCCACUACCAUUUCAGGUGGAUUGCUAUUCUUAAUUCGCUCAUGAAAUUAGAAAAAGUUCUCAAUGCAGUACAGGAAGCAAGAAGAGCGGCAGAGAAAGCUUAUGAUGUGGCCAAGGUGGAUGAAAGGGUCAACCGGGCUGUAGCCGCUGCAAACAGGGCGGCAAAUGCGGCUAGAGUAGCAGCGGUAAAAGCCGUCCAGAAACAGAUGCAUCAAAAUAGUAACAAUGACAAUAUUCCAAUUCCAGUCUUGUGAGACUCCUAACUGCACCUCAUUCGUCAGAACUAUUACAUCUCAUUCUGAUGGCAACAACAACAAAAAAGAGAAAAAAAAAAAGGCGCUGGCUGCCUUUGGCAGUUUUUCCUUUCCGGAGUAGCCUUCAUUCAGCUUUUCAUGCUCCGUGCUUUAUCUUCUCUUCUCUUUUGGCAUCUUGCUUUGAGAGAGCUUCGGGUUCAAUCUCAGUUGAAGUUUAGUAGAACUAAAGAGGGGUUUAAAAUGUCAAAUCUGUAUUUCUUUUAGAUGUAUGUAUACAACUCAGAAAAGAAAGAGCAACGAGUAUGGCGUCCGCAAGUUUGAGAUAGAAAGAAGAGAGGAUGAAGAAGAUAAAUGGCGUCCAUAAAGUAACUAAUUUUUGUUUUUCUUCGAUCCGAUGUUUUGGUUCAUUUUUGUAAAGAUGAGUUUUAGAUGUAAAAUGUAAGAGAGCUGGUACCGUUUUUAUGUGAAUUGAAUUGUUGCCAUUUUACAGAAGUUGAAUAUUGUCGGAGAAUAAUGAGGAUAACCAAAUGCGUUAUUUGGUCCCAUUGGCUUAAUAAUGUAAUAGAUGGAAAAUUGUAGGAAAUGAGUCUUUUUGGAAGUAGAAACAGCAUAUUUGCUUUAGCUG